UCGGCGGGGGACGCUGGGGCGGGGUCUCCGUGGCGACCGCUCGCUCCGCCCCUGCGCCCUCUUAACCUUUAGGGUGCGCGGCGCCCCGCCUCUCCCCGCCCUGCCCUGCCGGGACCUCGGCCGGAAGCGAAGAUGGCGGCGGCCGGCGCGGCCUCGGUGGACCUGGUGAUCGGCUGGUGCAUCUUCGGCCUCCUGCUCCUGGCUAUUUUGGCAUUCUGCUGGAUAUAUGUUCGUAAAUACCAAAGUCAGAGGGAAAGUGAAGUUGUGUCCACCAUAACAGCAAUUUUUUCUCUGGCGAUUGCUCUUAUCACAUCAGCACUUCUACCAGUGGAUAUAUUUUUGGUUUCUUACAUGAAGAAUCAAAAUGGCACAUUUAAGGACUGGGCCAAUGCUAAUGUCAGCAGACAGAUUGAGGACACUGUGUUAUACGGUUACUAUACCUUAUACUCUGUUAUAUUAUUCUGUGUGUUCUUCUGGAUCCCUUUUGUCUACUUCUAUUAUGAAGAAAAGGAUGAUGAUGAUACUGGUAAAUGUACUCAAGUUAAAACGGCCCUCAAAUAUACCGUGGGGUUUGCUGUGAUCUGUGCACUUCUUCUCUUAGUCGGUGCUUUUGUCCCACUGAGUGUUCCCAACAGCAGAAACUCUACAGAGUGGGAAAAGGUGAAGUUCCUGUUUGAAGAACUUGGAAGUAGUCAUGGUUUAGCUGCCUUGUCAUUUUCCAUUAGUUCUCUGACCUUAAUCGGAAUGUUGGCAGCUAUAACUUACACAGCCUAUGGCAUGUCGGCAUUACCUUUAAAUCUGAUCAAGGGCACCAGAAGCGCUGCUUACGAACGUUUGGAAAACACUGAAGACAUUGAAGAAGUGGAGCAACACAUUCAAACGAUUAAGUCAAAGAGCAAAGAUGGUCGACCUUUGCCAGCAAGGGAUAAACGUGCCUUAAAACAAUUUGAAGAAAGGUUACGAACACUUAGGAAGAGAGAGAGGCACCUAGAAUUCAUCGAAAACAGCUGGUGGACAAAAUUUUGUGGUGCUCUGCGUCCCCUGAAGAUCAUUUGGGGAAUAUUUUUCAUCUUAGUUGCAUUGCUGUUUGUAAUUUCUCUCUUCCUGUCAAAUUUGGAUAAAGCUCUCCAUUCAACUGGAAUAGAUUCUGGUUUCAUAAUUUUCGGAGCUAACCUGAGUAAUCCACUGAAUAUGCUUUUGCCUUUACUGCAAACAGUUUUUCCUCUUGAUUAUAUUCUUAUAACAAUUAUUAUUAUGUACUUUAUUUUUACUUCAAUGGCGGGGAUUCGAAAUAUUGGUAUAUGGUUCUUUUGGAUUAGAUUGUAUAAAAUCAGAAGAGGUAGGACCAGGCCCCAGGCACUCCUCUUUCUCUGCAUGAUUCUUCUGCUUAUUGUCCUUCAUACCAGCUACAUGAUUUAUAGUCUCGCUCCCCAGUAUGUUAUGUAUGGAAGCCAAAAUUACUUAGUAGAGAGCAACAUAACUUAUGACCACCAUAACCGCAAUUCAACCGUUUCUGUGCCAAAAAGAUGUGAUGCAGAUGCCCCUGAAGAUCAGUGCACUGUCACCCGGACCUACCUGUUCCUGCACCAGUUCUGGUUCUUCAGCGCUGCCUACUAUUUUGGUAACUGGGCCUUUCUUGGGGUGUUCUUGAUUGGCUUAAUCGUGUCCUGUUGUAAAGGGAAGAAGUCUGUGAUUGAAGGGGCGGAUGAGGACGACUCAGACAUCAGUGACGUGGAGCCCUCUGCCUAUUCUGCGUGACGGCUUCAAGGUUUCCUAAAGCUGGCUGAGUGUCUGUUAUGCAUUUUUAAAGUGUUAAACUAACAUUAGGGUGAACUGACUAGCUUUCAUCAAAAAUGGGAGCAUGGCUAUUAAAAAAACUAUAUUUUUUAUGUUUUCUGAAGUAACAUUAUUGUAUCAUAGAUUAACAUUUAAAAUUGCUAUAAUAAUACUAUGUAAAUAUAAAACUACUGGCUUUAUGAGGGGAUGUUUGUGGAAGUUUUUUUUUCCCUAGUGUAUAAUAGUGUUGAAUUGAUUAAAAAUCUUCCAGAAGUAAGAUUCCCUUUUGUCACUUUUUAAAAACAUAAUAAAUCACUUGUAUCUGUG